GUAUUUCAUUCUGCCAAACUGAUGCUAUGUUUGGCCGACUAAAUGGAGUGCUAUUCGUACUGCUUCUAUUUCUGACGUCAUUCCUGGGAUCAGUCUUCAUGCUCUUCCCUCUUCUGCCGUUUGCUUAUUAUGGAACGAAGUUUUGGCGGAUAUGUGCAGAUCGCCUAGUUGGAUAUUGGUUGACUUUCCCUGCGCGGGUAUUUGGUACGGCUUUCCACGUUACAGGAGACUUGAUUCUACGUGACUACCCAGCUCUAAUCGUAAUGAAUCACAGAACAAGGUUGGACUGGUUGUUUUUAUGGAAUGUUUUGUACAAAAUGGAUCCUCACCUGCUCACCACAGAAAAAAUUUCUUUGAAGGCACCCCUUAAAAGUAUACCUGGUGCAGGAUGGGCUAUGGGCUGCGGGUCCUAUAUUUUUCUGGAGCGAAGUUUCGACUGUGACAAGGAAACAAUGGCAGCAUUUGUAAAAUACUAUAAGGAUUCAGGAAACACCUAUCAAGUAUGUUGGGUUUCUCGAAUACGAUUGUUUAUCGACUUUCUACUCCUUCUACCAAUCGGAUCGCCCGGCUAA